AUGGUGCGUCAGCUACAUGACGGCAUGACAGAGCGCGUCACGGACAAUGAAGUCGUCUCAGAGGCAUUCUCAGUGACCAACGGAGUGAAGCAGGGCUGUACCCUCGCACCUACUACCCUCAGUUUGAUUUUCAUCACCAUGCUAUGGGACGACUACCGUGACGAACGUCACGGGAUCCGCAUCGCCUACAUGACGGAGAGUCACCUACUCACUCAGCGGUGGAUGCACUUCCAGUCGCAUGCAUCAGCAAAUUCCGUCCACGAACUUCUCUUCGUCGACGACUGA